AUGAGUGGACAUGACAAUCUGGGAAAUUCAUCUAGAGGAAAGGGUGGUUCAAGAGGUAGAGGCGGUAGCAAAGGUGGUUCUAGGGGUGGUAGAGGUGGGGCAAUGAAUGGAUCAGCAAAUGGGAAACCAAAUGGGGAUACAUCGUCUGAUAACAAAAAGGGACAGGCCAAAGGUAAGGGCAAGGGCAAGGGGAAAGUUACUAAAGGUAAACAACCAAAAGAAAAUGGUCCCAAUGCAAACCUUAUUCCUCUUGGUACACCAAGGCUAAGAGAACAAAAUGAUGACGAAGGGCAGAAUGAGUCAUAUGCUCAAACUAACCAGAGUCAACCAAAUGACCAAAAAGAAUCAAGUUAUGAUAGUAAUAUGUUUCAUAAUGAAAAAUAUGAUCCCAAUGAAGAAGCAUAUGUCCCUUCUAGAUCGACGCCAAAACCACCUCAUGCAGCAUUCAAUAAUGUAAACAAUUUUGCAACGUCACCAAUGGUUAACAAUAUUAAUUCAAACCAAAACAUGGUUGGUAACAACCAAUACAACUCUGUUAAUAACAACAGUGCAUAUACUAACGAUAUUCAAGUAGGAAUAGCCCCAGUUGCUGCCUCCCCUAGUACUACCGGAACGCCAGUGCCACCAGCACCAGCACCAGCACCAAUGCCAACAUCAAUACCCACACCGGUUGAUGCACCAAUUAUUAUGAAUCCUGACCCUAAUUGGCCAGCAUCAUUGAAUAAAUUUUAUAUUGAUUCAAUGGCCAGAAUUGGGAAUUUGAAACAAUCGAAACAACUUAGUGGGAAACAACAGUUGGCCAAUAUAAUUGAAAUGGCACUGAGUCAAAAUUUAACCGAUAAUAAUGAUUGGGCGAAUCAACGUGUUCCUAUUUUAAAUGGAGGAGGGAAGUUGGAGUUGGAAAUGUUCCGUGCUAAAAAUAAAUCAAGGAAAUCACAAUCUACUAACGAAUCAAAAGAAAAAUCACUGGCCACCAAUAAUUCCUUUUACAUUGACGUGAAUGGAGAUGGGCCUUAUGAUCCUACCAGCAAACCUGCCACAAGUAAAAUACUUCAAGGUAACAAUAACAACGACAACAAUGUUAACAAAAACAAAAAGAAGAAUACCAAUAAUAAGUUUAAGGGAGAUAACAAAAAAUCCAAGGACACAGGGAACAAUCCUCAACAGAAUGGGAAUAAAAAACGACAUUUACAGGAAGAGUAUAAUUCUGAAGCACGAAAGAGAGCUCGUGCGGAAAGAUUUGCUCAGAUUACUGAAUUUAAACCGUUAUCUACAUAUUAUGAACAACGACGCAAGGAUUCUGGUGCAGUAGUGGGGACAAGUGAUCGAUUAGAAAAAAAUUACUUUCGUUUGACUUCUGCACCGAAUCCAGCUGAAGUUCGAUCACCUAAAGUUUUACACAACAGUUUGAAGUAUGUUAUUAGUAAAUAUAAUACCACUAAUGAUUAUUCAUAUAUUAUUGAUCAAUUGAAAUCAAUUAGACAAGAUUUAACUGUGCAACAUAUAAAAGAUGAUUUCACAAUUCAUGUUUAUGAGAAGAAUGCUCGUAUAUCGAUAAAACAUGAUGAUUUGGGAGAAUUCAAUCAAUGUCAAGGACAAUUAAAACCAUUAUAUCAUCGUCAUAGAAUAAACAAUGAAAAGUAUAAAGAUAGAUUUAUGCAUCGUGAGGUUGAAAUGAUGACCUAUUCAUUCAUAUAUAUGAUUGUGACUAGGAAUCAAAGUGAAAUUAAUCGAUUCAGAUUACAAUUUUUGAAAUACAAAUAUUUUAGAAAGUAUGAUUAUGAAAAGCCAUUUUUCAGAUUGAUGGAUGCAUUGUUUAAAUCUUAUUUGCGUAUUUUACAAGGAGACUUUGAAAUAUUUUUCAGUGAUCUUGAAAAGUUUGAACAUAUUAAAGAAAUUGAAUUGGCCUUUAAUUUCAUAAGAAUGCAUUUAUUAAAUAAAGCUAGAUUGGAAGCAUUAUAUCAAAUUGUCCAAAGUUAUCGUAAAUUUCCUGUCUUUAUGGUGUCAACCAAAUUAAGAUUUCCUGACCCUCAAACAUGUCUUAAUUAUUUGGUUGAACUUGGAUUAAAAGAUUGUUUGAUUAACGGAAAUCGGGAAAUUGAUAUACCAAAGACAAUGGUGACAAUGCAUGAAUUGAUGGCAAAACAUCACAAGGUCGAUAUCAAGGGACAAAUAUAG